AUGUCCCACCUUGUGGUGCGCGGCCGACGGAUCAACUGGACUCUGGUGCUGGUGGUGGGGUAUCUCUUUUACCUCCUCCUGGGGGCCAUGGUGUUCCAGCUGCUGGAGAAGCAGGCAGAGGCCCAGUCUCGGGACCAAUUCCAGCUGGAGAAACUCAAGUUCCUGCAGAACUACACGUGCUUGGACAAGCAAGCCCUGGAGCAGUUUGUACAGGUCAUCCUGGAAGCAUGGGAGAAAGGGGUCAACCCAGAAGGAAACUCUACCAACCCCAGCAACUGGGACUUCAGCAAUUCUUUCUUUUUCGCAGGAACCGUUGUCACAACUAUAGGUUACGGUAACUUGGCCCCCAGUACGGUGGCUGGGCAGGUGUUCUGUGUGUUUUAUGCCUUGUUUGGGGUGCCGCUUAACCUGGCCUUUCUCAAUCAGCUGGGGAAAGGACUCAAUGCACACCUGAUCACUCUGGAGAGAUGGGUGCACAAGCCAGGCCGUGCUCGGGUAGUGCAGACACUGGCAUUGGCCCUCUUUCUGACCGCCGGGACCUUGCUUUUUCUAGUAUUCCCACCUAUGAUCUUCAGUUAUGUAGAAGGCUGGAGCUAUGGAGAAGGCUUCUACUUCACCUUCAUCACCCUCAGCACCAUUGGAUUUGGGGAUUAUGUAGUAGGCACAGAUCCUAACAAGCACUACAUCUCGAUGUACAGGAGCCUGGCGGCAAUUUGGAUUGUUUUUGGCUUGGCCUGGCUCGCUCUGGUCUUUAACUUGGGAGCUGACCUGAUGGAAAAAUUCCUUCAGUUAAAGUGGCACAAGCCUGGCACAGCAGAGGAAGCCAUUACCAAGAUGGAGGAUGACCCUGAUCAACCCAGAAUCCACAUACCUAGCUGAGAGAGGCUCAUGGAGAGCACUUUAGAAAGAGCAAGGCUCCCCCGCUCCUGCCUCAUACACACCAAGCAAGCUUUCUGGGUAAGAGAUUGCUGGAUCUAAAGCACAGGUUGCAGACUAUGUCCAAGGGAGAAGAUAUUUGCAGAAGAAAGGAAAGCCCUUCAUAGUGUAAAGGCAGCAGCUGAAUAAAAACCUUUGAGGGAGUGGAACUGUAAAACAAACACCCCAGCAUUCAUCCCUCACUUUCCACUCAACGACUCCCUGGUGCAAGUUCUCCUGAAAUAAUUAAUUACCAUCCCUCUGGUUUGAUCUUUAGCUACGGGAAUUGAAUUCUGUUAAAUCCAUCCACAGCCUCACAGUGAGGGUGGGAAUAUCUGACAUCAAGAGAGCUGAGCUGAAUUUCACUUCCAAGCAGACACAAUGAGAAAAACAGGACCAGGGCUGGCCACCUGUUGAACUACAUUCAUCAAAUGAAGCUUUUUCUGAAACCUCUUGGCAGAUUUUGUCCUACAUAUUCAGUGGUUACAUUUCUAUCAUUGUCCAGCUGGGCUGAAAAGCUUCUCCUUAAAAUUGCUUAGAAACACUGUGUCCAUUCCAGAGCUGUCUGCACUGUAAGAACUUCAUCUGGAAUAAACAGGCAUCUGAUACCAAAUUCUGAUCUCCCAAGUCCCUUGAUAAUACCAGUCCCUUGCUCAGUGACUAUUGCUGCAAGCAGACUUCCUUAUUUCCUGCCAGUUCAGAAAUCCUCUGCCAAGGUGUGGUACCUGCUUUGGGCCCAUUCAUUAAGAAACUCUCAUGGACUAUGUGAAGUCAGUACUGUCCAUUCAGUCCUAAGCAAAACUGGCCGACUCCUCCCAUUCCAAAUCCUGC